CCGCCCUGUGGCGGCCUGGCUCGCGGGCGCGGCGCGGACGCCAGGGCUGGGCGGCGGUGGCAGCAGCAAGUAGAAGUAGAAGUAGAAGUAAAAGUAGAAGUUCCGCCGCGGCCCCGCGCGCAGUGUCAAAAGUUUAUAUGGAUUAGUUGCACAGUUUCAAGAGCUUUGGUGAAAAUCUGCAUAAAGGCUCCUUUCCAGUAUGGGGAAACUGAGUGAGAAGAGGUUAAACGACUUCCCUGGGCUGUGAGGGUUUAGCAGUGACUGUUUUUUGAGAAGCAAGAAAAUGAUGAGUGAUGCAAGUGACAUGCUGGCUGCAGCUUUGGAACAGAUGGAUGGCAUCAUUGCAGGCUCCAAGGCUUUGGAGUAUUCCAAUGGCAUAUUUGAUUGUCAGUCUCCUACGUCCCCAUUCAUGGGGAGCCUGCGAGCACUGCACCUUGUGGAGGAUUUGCGUGGCUUAUUGGAGAUGAUGGAAGCAGAUGAAAGAGAAGGGUUGCGAUGUCAAGUCCCAGAUUCAACAGCAGAAACACUGAUUGAAUGGCUUCAGAGUCAAAUGACUAAUGGACAUAUAUCUGGUAAUGGUGAUGUAUAUCAAGAAAGGCUAGCACGGUUGGAAAAUGAUAAGGAAUCUCUUGUUUUGCAAGUAAGCGUGCUUACUGAUCAAGUGGAGGCUCAGGGAGAAAAGAUUCGAGAUUUGGAGUUCUGUCUAGAGGAACACAGGGAGAAGCUGAAUGCUACAGAAGAGAUGCUACAACAGGAGCUAUUGAGCAGAACAUCCCUUGAAACACAGAAACUGGAUCUUACGGCAGAAAUUUCCAAUUUGAAGCUAAAGCUAACCUCUGUAGAGAAGGACAGAUCAGACUAUGAAGUUACAUUCAGAGACACAGAGGGUUUGAUUCAAGAAAUCCAUGAAUUACAAUUAAAAGUGGGAGAAAUGGACAAUGAACGGCUUCAGUAUGAGAAAAAGCUUAAAACUACUAAGUCUUUAAUGGCCAAACUUUCUAGCAUGAAAAUCAAAGUGGGUCAGAUGCAGUAUGAAAAGCAGCGGAUGGAGCAAAAAUGCCACAUGUUAAAGGAUGAACUGGCAUCUUUGAAAGAGCAAUUGGAACAGAAGGAGGAAGAGGUAAAAAAUCUACAAGAGAAACUGGUUUGCAAGAUGAAAGGAGGAGGAGUUGAUUUAAUUGACAGAGAUGAAAACUGUAAAAAGAAGCUCAAAGAUAAAAAUAUGGAGGUGCAGAAAAUGAAGAAGGCCGUGGAAUCUCUAAUGGCAGCAAAUGAAGAAAAGGAUCGGAAGAUAGAAGAACUUCGACAAUCCCUCAAUCGGUAUAAAAAAGUGCAAGACAUGGUCAUACUGGCUCAAGGUAAAAAAGGCAAAGAAGGUGAAUAUGAAGAGUUUGUGAAUUCAGGAUCUGUUUCAGCAGUUUUAUUGGAUGCACAGAAUCUAAUUGAUCCAGAAAAGAGCCUGUCCCUGACUCCAGUAAUUGGCUCUCCAGGUUGCGAAGAGUAUAGUGUGAGCUUCCUCGAAGAGAAUUCCCUCCAGGUCCACACCAGCAUCUUGCAGGUCUCAAUCCCUUCUUUUUCAUCAACACCAAAAAGCUCCAAAGCAGGUGCAGAAAAAGUAAAAGCACAGCUGAACCCAGAAAUUACAAGUGAAACAAGAACUUCAGCCCUGCAGAAAUCCAGCAGUCUGGACAAUUUGAAGAAAGAGACAUCACAAGUGGACAUAGAACCUGUGCAGAAGCCAGAAGAGAAUAAAGCUCCAGCAGGUGGUGGUAAAUUUGGAAACCUCCCUCCAAAAUCCCCGACUCAAGGUAGCAUCGGAGAGGAGGACGGUUUUGGCACACGUAAAGCCAGAUCUUCAUUUGGCCGCGGCUUUUUCAAGAUAAAAAAUAACAAGAGGACAGCAAGCGCCCCCAAUUUGGAUCGCAGUCGAAGUGCAAGCGCGCCUACCUUAGCUGAAACAGAGAAGGGAUCUGCAGAUCACUUGGAUCUGGCUGGUUUGUCCCCUCAGCCAAAAGAAACCGAUAGUGUGCAACUGUCUCCACCUUCACCUGACUCCAAAAAGAAGGCCAGAGGAAUCAAGAAAUUAUUUGGAAAACUCAGAAGAAGUCAGUCUACCACAUUUAACCCAGAAGAUAUAUCUGAGACAGAGUUCAAAAGAGGAGGGACAAGAGCGACAGCUGGACCAAGACUGGGCUGGUCUCGAGACCUUGGACAGUCUCGCAAUGACCUGGAUAUGCCAUUUGCUAAAUGGACAAAGGAGAAAGUUUGCAACUGGCUUCAGGACCAAGGUUUGGGUUCAUACAUAAAUAAUGGCAAACACUGGAUACUCUCUGGGCAAACCCUCUUGCAAGCUUCUCAGCAAGAUCUGGAAAAGGAACUUGGGAUAAAGCAUCCACUCCAUCGAAAAAAACUUCAGCUUGCUCUUCAGGCACUCGGGUCUGAAGAAGAAAACAAUCAUGGAAAACUGGAUUAUCACUGGGUCACCAGGUGGUUGGAUGAUAUUGGACUUCCCCAGUAUAAGACUCAGUUUGAUGAAGGGAAGGUGGAUGGUCGAAUGCUGCAUUACAUGAGUGUAGAUGAUUUGCUGUCCUUGAAAGUUGUUAGUGUUCUCCAUCACCUUAGCAUCAAAAGAGCCAUUCAGGUCCUGAGGAUAAACAACUUUGAACCCAACUGUCUGCGCAGAAGGCCGUCGGAUGAGAAUAACAUCACGCCAUCUGAAGUAACUCAAUGGACAAAUCAUCGUGUGAUGGAGUGGUUACGUUCAGUUGACCUCGCAGAAUAUGCCCCUAAUCUGAGAGGGAGCGGUGUGCAUGGUGGACUGAUGGUCUUGGAGCCCCGUUUCAAUGUUGAAACAAUGGCUCAGUUGUUAAACAUCCCACCAAACAAGACAUUGCUGAGACGUCAUUUGGCAACCCACUUCAAUCUACUUAUUGGCCAGGAGGCCCAACUGCAAAAGUGUGAAACCAUGGAAUCUCCAGACUAUGUCCUUUUAACUGCUACUGCCAAAGUGAAGCCAAAGAAACUUGCCUUCAGCAAUUUUGGGAGUCUGAGAAAAAAGAAGCAAGAUGAUGUGGAAGAGUAUGCGUGUCCGAUGGAGUUGGGACAGGCAUCAGGAAUUGGAGCCAAGAAGGGGUUUAAACCUGGUUUGGAUAUCCGAGUGUAUGAUGACGAUGAUUUGGAUCGGCUAGAGCAGAUGGAAGAUUCAGAAGGGACUGUGAGGCAGAUAGGAGCAUUCUCUGAAGGCAUCAACAACUUGACUCACAUGCUGAAGGAGGAUGAAAUGUUUAAAGACUUUUCCACCCUCUCCCCUAGUGCCAGUAUAACAGAUGAAGAUUCAAAUGUGUGAUGAUAACUACCAGACACUGAUAAAGAGUUCUGUGAUGGGCAGCAGAACAUGUACAUUACAUUGCUCUUGCUUCUGUUUGUUAGAAGUGACAUUUUUUGGGUGGUUAGGGAGAAAAGGUGCCUAUUCUAAAGUUGCCAUAAGAAAACCACAAGACCCUGGUGAAUGGCAGUAUCGUUGCUUUACUAUAUCUAAUGUCCAAACCUGUGCCAUAUUUCAAAGUAUUGCAUUUAAAAAUAGUAUGUUACCAUAAUGCUCCUUUAUUCUUAUUCAUGUCACCUUGUACUGUUUCAGAAUAACAUAGGUUAUUAAGUAGAGAGAGAAUCCAAUUUGUAGAUAUUCUGCCUCAGCCUUUACUGCAACUUUCAGCUGA